AUGACUCAUCACCAGAGUGCUGACGUGGAUUCGGAUUGCCACGUGGGAGGGGUCCAAAACGUCGUCGUUUUGGGUUUGGCGCCCUUGAAAGCCAAAAACGACGCCGUAGCACCUUAUGAAUGUCCUGUACUAAGCAAGGCUUACCUUCUUCCUGAGUGUAUAGAGUUUAUUCUUAGCACAGAAAUAGUGAAAGCAGACCUUGCGGCAAAAUUUCUGACAAGUGCAGGAGGAGAAACAUUCAGUUACCAGAUUUUGUUGAUUGCAACCGGCUCAACUGUUAUAAGGUUGAGUGAUUUUGGUGUUCAAGGAGCUGAUGCCAAAAACAUCUUUUACUUGAGGGAAGUUGAUGAUGCUGAUAAACUAUACGAAGCAAUUAAAGCAAAGAAGAAUGGCAAAGCUGUGGUUGUUGUUGGAAGUGGAUAGUUAUAACUAUUUCUU